AUGCAAUCGCAAUCAAAUUCUUCAAGUUCACCUGACAGGGAUCCCGACGCACCAGAGCGUCCCCGUUUACCUUCAUUUCAAGAGAUUCAGGAACAACUACAAUCAAGUACGCUCCUCCCGUCUCCUACUCUGCCUCCUCCACUCCCGCAGUCACAAUUACCUUCCAUUUCCAUGCUCCUGCAUCACACUAGAACGGCGCCACUGCCGCCUGUACCUUACACAUCCUACCCUGUCUACAAAGCCGAGCCGGAGACUCCGCACCCGCCGCCUCCGUCUCCUCAUGAGGACUCUUCCAAAUCUGUGCCCGACAGCUCGAAGACGAAAAACAGAAGAACGCGCAAGGCAUGUGACCUCUGCAACCAGAAACGGACCAAAUGCUCGGGCGAAAUGCCCCGUUGUUCCCAAUGUAUCAGAACAAACAGCGUUUGCACGUAUCUUCGGGAAGAGAAAAAAAGAGGCAGAGCCAGCUCGAAUUAUCCAAAAAUAAUCAUUCGACGGAAACCGACUAAAAUUAAAGGUACGGAAACGAAACACGAGCAGGACAUACUGCACCACCCGUCACCACACCAAUCGCCACCCGCCCUUUCGCAGCCGUUUCGGUAUCCAAUUCUCAAUCAGGUGGCCCACGUCAUCUCUCAGCUCCAAAUCUCGCAUUUUCUUGCAGAUGACCUAAUUGAACUGUAUUUUCAAACUCCGUUUCCAGUCAUGAUCCUCAAUCCGAACCAAAUCUUGACCUCGGAUCCACAGAGAGUGCGGAAAGUCAACGAGGGGUUCAUCUUAUCUAUGCUGCUCUGCGGAGCAGCACUUUUGCAACUCUCUCCAUCGCCAUCUAUCUCUAAGGAGUCCUCGCUAGGACUCCUGGACAUGCUGUUUUUCAGAACAAACGGUUUCCUACAGCGUUCGACAAAAUUGGACCACGAUGACAUUAUCUCAUACAUAAAUCUUGUCAGAGCAUACGCGAUGGUUGGUGGCAUUCAUGAGGCCAUUCAAGUGAUCAACCAGGCCAUCAGCCUCGCUUUGAAGCUGAAAAUUAAUAUUGAGGACCCGUCGGAGUACCCGAUAUUGAUGGAAGAGAAAAGAAGAGCCUGGUACUGUCUGGUCACCAUGGAGGCAGAGCUCAAGCACGGCUCGCAUCAUCCUCUCCUCACCAGAAACAUGUCUCACCCAUUUUCCUCCGUAUAG